AUGGGUGGCUGCCUCACCCAGAUGUUUUUCCUUCACACUAUUUCUCUUAUGCACUCCGCCAUCCUUGUGACAAUGGCCUUUGAUCGUUAUGUUGCCAUUUGUAAGCCUCUGAGAUACAGCAUCAUCCUCAAUAACACACAAAUAGCUAAGCUAGGGCUCGUGGGUUUGAUAAGAGCUGUUCUCUUCAUUCUUCCUCUGCCUCUGCUCCUGAGCCGGCAGCCAUUCUGUGCGAAUCGCAUCAUCCCCCACACUCAAUGCGAGCACAUAGCUGUGGUGAAGAUGUUGUGUGGGGACAUUACAGUGAACAGGGUAUACGGCUUGGUGCUAUUCUUUCUAGUCAACAUGUCAGACCUGACGCUCAUUGCCCUCUCCUAUGGUCUGAUCAUCAAGGCUGUUCUCAGACUCUCCUCCAAGAAAGACCACCAGAAAGCCCUCAACACCUGCACCGCCCACAUCUGCGUCAUGCUGACAUAUUAUACUCCCAGCCUCUUUUCCAACCUGACAAACCGGUUCGGUCAGAGCAUCGCUCCCCACAUUCACGUCAUCUUGGAUGACCUCUAUCUCCUCAUCCCACCCAUGCUCAACCCAAUCAUUUAUGGGGUCAAAUCCAAAGAGCUUCGUGACAAAGUGGGCAAAUACAUCUGCAGAAAGUGA